CGCCCGCCCGCUGGGGAGACGCGCUGGACCCGAGCGCGAGAGGGAGAGCGCGCCAAUGUGACAGCUGAAAAAAAUAAAACAGCGACGCGCACACGUACACGCACACGCGCAGCCACACACGCGAGCACUGACGCGCAGGGACGUGCACACCCGCGUACUGACACACGGAGGCGCACACGCACCCGCAGAAACAUGCGGCGCGGCGCCUAGGCGGCCCCCAGGCCGGGAGCUCACAUCGAACGGCGGGCGAGCCAGGCCAUUCUCCUGGCUGACCUUUUGUGUAUACGCCUGUCUGUGCAGUGGUUGACCUUUUGUGUAUACGCCUGUCUGUGCAGUGGUUGACCCUUUGUUUAUAUGCCUGUCUGUGCAGUGGCUGACCCUUUGUGUAUACGCCUGUCUGUUCAGUGGCUGAACCUUUGUGUAUACGCCUGUCUGUGCAGUGGCUGAACCUUUGUGUAUAUGCCUGUCUGUGCAGUGGCUGAACCUUUGUGUAUACGCCUGUCUGUGCAGUGGCUGAACCUUUGUGUAUACGCCUGUCUGUGCAGUGGCUGACCCUUUGUGUGUAUGCCUGUCUGUGCAGUGGCUGACCCAUUGUGUGUACGCCUGUCUAUGCAGUGGCUGACCCUUUGUCUGUACGCCUGUCUGUAGAGUGGCUGACCCUUUGUGUAUAUGCCUGUCUGUGCAGUGGCUGACCCUUUGUGUAUAUGCCUGUCUGUGCAGUGGCUGACCCUUUGUCUGUACGCUUGUCUGUGCAGUGGCUCUGGAGCCUUGUGCUAUGUAGACCACCAGCACGCCUGUGGGUAGGUGGACUGUGGCCUUAGGGGACCAUGGAGCCGGCAGAGCGCUCCCCUUCCCCCAGCAGUGCCCCGGGUCAGAUGACGGUUCCCGGACCCUCCCUCUCACCCUUGGCACAGGACCUGGCACCUCCUGCAAGUGUUGGCAGCACCUUACAGAGAUCCUUUUCUCCAGUAACAAGGGAGGAACCGAAUGAUAGCGGUGGAGUAACUGACAAGAGUGGGGAAGGGAGCGGUGGCGCCCCCUAUGGGCCAGAAGCAGGCGGCACGUCACCGAAGGUUCUCCGGCCCUCAGCCUUCCUGUCCUCCCAGGCCUGGGACUCCGACUCGGAGAAGGAAAUGCUCGAGGAGGAGCUACAGCACUUUUCGAACCCUCACGGUCUGGCAGCUCACAGCCCUGGGCCCAUGCUGCAGUCCCCUUCCUCGGGAACCCAGCAAGACCGAACCAUGGGGGAGACGGACGAAGUGUCUGAGAGGAAAGAGCACGUAGCCCUGGAGGAUGCAGAGAGGUGGGACCGGGCCGGGCCAGGCCCACGGUGUGACGAGUCAAAAACUGUACAGCCCGGAUCACCAGACUCGGAGGAAGACGGCGUCAGGCAGGGGGUGACCGCUGAGCCCGCUGAGCCGCUGCCUUCCAAAGCUAAACCAAAGGAGGUCCGGGUGAAGGGGCCCGGGAACAGCGAGAAGCAGAGGGAGGAGGCAGCAACGCUGGACGUGUACAGCUUCCCCGGGGACUCGGACCCCGAGAGCCCCCCUCCGGCACCCUGGGCCCACUGCACCUUCACCCAGCGCCGGAGGAGGAAGCGGGUCUUGCUGAGACCCUUCUCAGGCCUUGGAUCGCCUCACUGCGUGACACCAGGGGCGGGAAGGCGGGCCAAAGGCCGGGAGGGGGCGGGGCUCGCCCUGGAAAGCGCGCCCCUCGGGAAUACGGAGGAGGGACAAGAUGGUGGCAUGGGGGGGGCCGCCGAGGAGGUGGAGACGGUGGUGAGCAAAGACGCGCCCGACCAGGACGUCUUCACGUGCGUGGAAUGUAGCAUCUAUUUCAAGAAGCAGGUUCACCUGCGGGAGCACAUGCAGCAGCACUGCCAAAGCGGGGGGCGGGGCCGCUGGGCGCCGGAGGGGGCGGGCGUGGGCCUGGGGUGCAGCGAGUGCGGCUGGGAGCUGGAGGACAGCGUGGCGUUGGAGGAGCACCGCAGGCAGCACCAGGAGUCACGCAAGAAGAUCCUAGAGGAGAUCAGCAAGCUGGACGAGGAGGGAGUGAAGGGCACCUGUACGGCACAGGGGGGCCCCGAUCACAGUGACAGCCAGCGGGGAAGGGGCCCACAGCCCCGCCCCAUGGGGGGCCACAGGGGCCUGUCUUCCUCCCUGCCCUCGGAUGUGGCCCUUAGCCGGUCGGCGUGUGCGGACAUGUGGGCCAACAGCUUGGAGGAGGAGGACUACCCAGGGACCAGCAAAGACCUGCUCAAUCCCACCCACCCCCCGAUCACCCCCGGCAACAGCACUGGGCCCCCAUCCCUCCCUCUGCCCGCGGCUGCCCAUCAGACAGGUCUGGCUGGCCCCAAAGCGGGGCUCUCCGCCAAAGGCAGCUCCCAGCUGUUCCCGGCCCCCGGGAGUGUGGCCCCUGGGCUUUGCCGCAGGGACGUGGCGUUUAAGAGCAUUGGGAACAGAAGGGGAGGGAGAAGAGGGGACGAUGGGGCGAGGGCAGCUGUUCUCACGCCAAAGCCCGAACUGUCAGCUUACGAGUUGGGAGAUUCGCAGAAACAGGACCAAACUGUGGGGCUUGGGGGCUCCAAGAUGGCCUCAGAGGGGCCACUGUCUGCCCCUAGCGCACUUUGGCUCCCAGACUCUGUGCAGGUGCCCACCUCGGCCGUGCGGCUGAAGCGCACUUUCUCUGACAGCCUCCGGGUGGCGGCAGAGAGCCUGGAGCUGACCCGGAGUCAGCGGUUCCAGCUCAGACAUGCGGUCCCCCUCGUGCUCAUUGAGUCUCUCCACUUCAGCCCUCGACCUUGCUUCUCUGGCGCCAGCCUUAAGAUGAGCAGCAGGGCGAUUGGGAAAUCCUCUCUGCUGGUGAAGGAUAUCUUUACCUUUUCCCUGAAAAAUAAGGGUAAAGAAGCCAAUGACGACGAAGAGGAGGAGGAGGAGGAAGAGGAUGAUGAUGAGGAGGAGGUGGACCACGAGUUUAAUGACGACGAUGAAGAGAAUUUGUUUUUGUCAGACGAGAUUCUGGGAGAGGAGGCAGGGAUGUUGAAGAACGUAGAGAGGAAGUGCCCUUACUGCCCUGACCGCUUUCACAACGGCAUCGGCCUGGCCAAUCACGUGCGAGGCCACCUCAAUCGCGUAGGUGUCAGUUACAACGUCCGGCACUUCAUCUCCCCGGAGGAGGUCAAUGCCAUCGAGAGGAAGUUCUCAUACCAGAAAAAGAGGAAGAAAGUGGCCAACUUCGACCCAGACACCUUCAGCCUCAUGCGCUGCGAGUUCUGCAGCGCCGGGUUCGACACGCGCGCCGGCCUGUCCAGCCAUGCGCGUGCACACCUGCGUGAUUUCGGGAUCACCAACUGGGAGGUCACCGUGUCGCCCAUCAACAUCCUGCGGGAGCUGUUCUCCAGCCGGCCGGACCUGACUCUCCCGACCGGGCCCCCCCGAAGCUCGCCUGUCCAUGGCCCUGACCUGGAGGAUGACUGGGACAUGCCAGGGGCCAGCGGGAUUGGCGCCGUGGGCAGUGCGCUGUCAUCUUUGUCGCCAUCCCCGACCCUACCAACAGCACAAGUGGAAGGUGAAGAAGACGACCAGAUGCCAGAUGUGGAGGAUGAUGUGACCGGGCUUCCUGGGAGCAGUAGUGCUGCCGCCUCGGACCUUGGGACUACAGACUCCCCGUCGACUGAGGACCCUGACGACAAAGCUGAGAGCGCCGGCAGCCUGCUGAAAUGCGAAGUGUGCGCCGCCCCCUUCGAGACGCGGCGGGGCCUGUCCAGCCACGCCCGCUCGCACCUGCGGCAGCUGGGUGUGGGCGUAUCGGAGAGCAGCGGGGCACCCAUCGACCUGCUCUACCAGCUCAUCAAGGAGCGCGAUGGCCGCUUCUCCCCUCCCCCCACCCCACCAUCCGUGGCCAAGAAGCCUCACGGCGGGGGUCCUGUGCCACGGAAAGAAGCCACGGGAGGGGCAGUGUCUGGAAAGGGGGCCGUCUCUGAGCACAGAGCCGCCCUCCUCUCCCCAUUGGUCCCCGGUGACAAAGCACCGCCCUCUGGGGCCCGGGCCUCCUCACCAAUGGUGUUCACGAAGUCCCGCUCGGCAUCUCCCGUGUUGCGGAAAGCCCCCAUCUCCUCCCUGCUCCCUGCCUCCUCCCCUCUGCGUUCCCUGGAGUCCAAGCCUGGCCCUGUGAAGCCCCCCUCUGCCUCCAUUGCCUCGCCGGCCCCUACCAAGCCUUUUUGGGCCCCACAGGAAACGGAUGCCCCCUUGAACCUGACCUCCGUUGAAGGGGAAUCCAGCAAGGACAUCGUGUGUCAGCUGUGUGGGGCCUGGUUCGAGACGCGCAAGGGCCUGUCCAGCCACGCCAGGGCGCACCUGCGUCACUUCGGGGUGGUGGACGCCGAGACCAAGGGCUCCCCCAUCGACUACCUGAACCAGCUCAUCCACACCGACGACUUCAAGCACAGAGCCGGCGGCCUGCUGCCCAACCUGCUGGAGGUGGGCUCCGCUCCCAUCCUCUCCCCACCUUCCUCCUCGCCCUCCUCCAAGCGCCUGUACCUGUCCUCGUCUUCCGGAGGGCUGCACAAGGCCAUCUCGCACGGGCCAAAGAGUCCCAGCGCCUCUCUGGGUCCCCCCACCAAGCGGCCCAAGCCUUCGGCACACGAGAGGGCCGCCCUGCAGGUCUUCCGUCUGAGUGGCAGUGAGCUGUCACCCCUCACGCAUGGUGAGCCGUCUAAGGAGAUCGGCUGCGAGUUCUGCGGGGAGUACUUCGAGAACCGCAAGGGCCUGUCCAGCCACGCGCGCUCGCACCUGCGCCAGCUGGGCAUCACCGAAUGGUCGGUGAACGGCUCGCCCAUCGACACGCUGCGGGAGCUCAUCGCCCGCCGCGGGCUGCCCUGUGCCCUGCCCCUACGGCCCCUGAAGUCGUCCCCACGUUCGCCGGGCUCCCCCCGCUCCCCCCCGGCCAUCUCCCCAUCCUCCCACAGCUCUGGCAAACGUCCACCUUUCACCCUACCCCAGAGCCACACGCCCACGGCCCGCAAGGUUGGCUCCGUGCUGCCAGCCAAACCAAAGCCUGAGCCAGUGCAGGUGGAGCUGAGCGGGUCAGGCCCUGCAGUGGGUGGGGGCAGCUUCAGCCCUGACCCUGGUCCCCCGAGCUGGACCAGUCACGACGCCAACCUGCCCCUCAGCCUCGCGCCGCCUCUGGAUCCGGAGCCUACCCGGGAUAUCCGCUGCGAGUUCUGCGGGGAGUACUUCGAGAACCGCAAGGGCCUGUCCAGCCACGCGCGCUCGCACCUGCGCCAGCUGGGCAUCACCGAGUGGUCGGUGAACGGCUCGCCCAUCGACACGCUGCGGGAGCUCAUGCGCAAGCGGGGCACCGUCCCCGCAUCUGCUGCUCCAAUCAAGAAGGAGCCUGGGUUUGGGGGCGGGGCCUGGGAGGAGCUGACCUACCUGCCGCCCAAGUUCUCCCGCAAGUCGCCGCUGACCAUGGUACACCCGGGGCCUCGGCCGCACAAGCACGGCGGCCCCUCCCUUUCCGCCGCGCCCUUAAAUGGGAAGGGAGCUGGCUUCGUGGGCGUGUCCUUGCUAGGGAAGAGGCCCCUCCCAGAAGUGCCUCACCUACUGGAGAAGGCCAAGCCCAAAGCAUUCUCACCCUCGCCUCUGGAUUUCUCCUUCAAGGGGAAGUCGUCCCCUGAGAAGUUUGCGGCCACCCCCUCAGCUGACGCCAGCUGUGAGCUCUGCGGCUACUACUUUGAGAACCGCAAGGCCCUGGCGAGCCACGCCCGCGCCCACCUGCGGCAGUUCGGCGUGACCGAGUGGUGCGUCAAUGGCUCGCCCAUUGAGACGCUGAGCGCCUGGAUGCGCAGCCGGCCGCACAAGGUGGCCGAGAUGCACCGGCGCUACCUGCAGGGCGACCGGCCCUUCCCCAAGAAGAAGUGUGGCUCCGCCUCUGUCCCCCCUCUAAGCGCUGACUCCAGGGAUGCCACGUCCUCUGGCCUGCACAAGCCCCCAUCGUCACAUCGGCCCAGCUUGGGGUCGCCCCUGGGGCGGCGGGCGGGCCGUGAGGUCACCAGCGCCCCCUGGGGGGCCGGUGCUUCGCUGCAGCAGGGGUCCCACGGGAUGUCCCGCCAGGGUCUGCCGCCGCACUCACAGGUGGCGAGGAGUGAGCUCAAUGUGCGCUCGCCCCGAGGUUUUGAACGUCGGCCCCCAAAGCACUUACCCCAUUCUGAAAGCGGCGAGAGGGACAGCCGACCCCCGCAGACCCCCCGCACCAGCACCAUCCCAGCUCUCGUACCAAAGCCCCCCUCCACCCCACUGGUCAAGCUGGUGGGCAAGGUCUACUCUCUGAAGUGCAGGUUCUGCGAGGUGGAGUUCCAUGGCCCGCUCUCCGUGCAGGAGGACUGGGUCAGGCAUCUGCAGCAGCACAUCCUGGAGCUCAACUUCAACAAAUCCCAGCCUCCCUCCACCCCCGGCUCGGGCCCCGCCCCCACCCAAGGCCCCGCCCCCACAACACCGCCCUCGACCACGCCCCCAGCUCCAGCCCUGGAAAGCCUUCCGGCUCCUUAG